GACGUCAGGGAGCCUACCCGGAUUGGGCAGGCUUGGUCCUCCGGCAGACGGUCUACCUUGCGUCGGUCCGGGCGACGCCGGGUCUUUCCUGCUGGGUCCUGUAUUGGCCAGUUCGUUCUGUCACGUCCCAUCGGAACGAGAGUGAUGCGCAAGUGUGUGUAAACCUGCGAUCUCCAAGCUGGAGGUUUACUGCCAUUCCUGGUGUCCUAAAGGAAAACGACGCACGUUGUCGGGGAAGGCUUCCUGGGGUGGAGCUUCAAUGUGUGCCUCCCAACCGUGGGCUACAUCUCGACAGUCUUGUGAACCAAAGGGAUCCUAUCAAGUGGUUUAUGAACAGAAUUCUUGUGUACCUUUAUACCUUUUUGUCAAGACUUAAUCAAAGAUAACAGCAUGGGUGCACAUGAAGAGAAGAAAGAAACAUGUGGAACCAUCUGCUUGAAAUACCUACUGAUCACAUUCAAUUUCCUCUUUUGGCUUGCAGGGGGCGUUGUUAUGGCUGUGGGUGUUUGGACUUUGCUUGAAAAGAGCGACUACAUCAGCCUUCUCCCCUCCAUGACAUAUGCUGCCUCUGCCUACAUAUUGGUCCUCGCUGGAGCCAUUGUCAUGGUAACAGGCGUGCUGGGAUGCUGUGCCACCUUCAAGGAGCAGAGGAGGCUACUGCGAGUGUAUUUUGUCCUGCUGCUGUGUAUUUUCCUGUUGGAGAUCCUUGCUGGCGUUCUGGCCUAUAUCUACUAUCGGCAGUUAAAUGAGGAGCUGAAGCAGAACCUGAGGGUGACCAUGAUGCAGAAGUAUGAACAGAAGACUCAGGAACAUGUUACCAGUGCUGUGGAUAAGCUGCAACAGGAGUUCAAGUGCUGUGGGAGCAACAAUUCAUCUGACUGGGCCGAAAGUGUUUGGAUCCGCUCCAAUGAUGGAAAUGGCAGGGUGGUCCCUGACAGCUGCUGCAAGACUCCAUCUGAGCUGUGUGGACGUGGGGAGCACCCCUCCAACAUCUACAAGGUUGAGGGUGGCUGUAUUUCAAAAUUGGAGACAUUCAUCCAGGACCACCUGAAGAUCAUUGGAGCAGUGGGUGUUGGGAUUGCCUGUGUCCAAAUAAUAGGGAUGGUGUUUACAUGCUGCCUGUACCGGCGUCUCAAAUCAGAGCCGUACUAAAGAAGAGGAAGAGAUGGAGGAAGUCACCUCACUAACAUUCAAAUAUCACGUCUUUUUCUCAUGGAGGGGAGGUGAGGGAUUAAAUAAUCACAUCUAAGUUUCUUAUAAUGAUGGUCAGAUGGAAAAAAAAAAAUUAAGGUUAUGAUGAAUAAUUGGUCAUUCAAGUUAGUCUCUAGAUUACAGCAUUAAUAGACAAUGCUAUCAGAUAGGUAAACUAGGGAAUAUUUUGUUUGAAUAUCUGAUUGAUUAAUUUUGUGAUGGAUACCCUCUGUGGGAGUUCAAGGUACAAUAUGUACAUGUUUUGUAAUGUUAGUGUGAUGCUGAGUUUGUGGGCCAAAACCUGGUGACAGCAGCACUAUCUACAAGUUGCGAUGUUAGCUAGCCACUCGUGCAUUUGAAAUAUGUUCUAAUGUGGCCUUUUAAAUUCUCAACACUAUGUUUUACCACUGUUUUUAUUCUUUGUAAAUGUCUCUUACCUGUGCGCUGUUACUGUAGUUGAGCCUUUCCUGCCUAAUGUGUCUUCACAUAGCGACGUGCCACCAUUAGAUCAGGCUCUUAUCCUCAGUGUGUUGGCAAGGACACUUUAUCUGUCAGUCUGACGGUACAAUGAACUGAACUUCAUUACCAGCAUAACUGUACCAUCACUGUAAUAAAACAAUAGUGCCUUUUAACAAUUCACAUCUAAUGUGCAAAGCUUAUGUGAUAUCGUAAGGUGUAAUGCUUACCGACAUUGCUGAAGGAAAAGCCUCAAAUUUUCUAUUUCACUGUAUUUUUUUACACUACUGAUGCCAAAAAGACACUGACUGAGCUAUGUAUCUACUGUAUCUUUACCAAACACAAUGUCAAAUCUAUUAUUUUUUUUUAAGUUAAGAUUGUUUGCUUAUGAUCAGUAGUCUAUUAUUCAGAAUGUGGUAGUGACGGUCUUUUGCUUCAAUAAUCUUGUCAAAAACGUCUCAACACCGACCAUAUUUCCUGUCUUAGCCAAGAAUACAUCUGGCUUGAAUAAAUACCCAUCAAAAGCAAAGUCUUUCUCUUGU